AUGACUACUCCCAGCUACACUAUUCGUGCCGUCGAACACUCUGACAUUCCUGCGCUGGGUGAGCUUCUGUACACCUCCAAGCUGGCUCUAACUAUCAACCGCCUUUUGUUCAAAAACUGGCCCAAUGAAGCUACCCAACGGCAGAACUACCUCGGUGCAUUGGAAGGCAUCGACGUGGAUUCACCCAAAUCACGGACUGUAGUUGACAACGACACCGGUGAAGUCAUUGGCCAUCUUGCCCUUAACCGCCGCCGACCAGUAGAGAAACUGGAACAGUCCCAAGGGGAGACCAAAAAGCCGUAUCUCCCUAACUUCUUCGCCCCUGAAGUUGUGACGGCGGUGUUGGAAGCAGUUGCCACCAUUAACGAAGAAGUAAAGACCUUCGACCGUUAUGAGAUUACAUACAUCGUUGUGAAGCCAGAAUACCGUCAUCGUGGUAUUGGAAAGAAUUUGAUGGACUAUGUGUUCAACCAGGCACGGUCUGCAGGUGUGCCUGUUGCCGUCAACGCUGAGCCGCAGAUCUAUGAGUUUUUCAAGAGAUAUGACUUCCAUGAUACGAAGCAUGUAGAUUUCGAUCUUGCUCAAUGGGCUCCGCCAUACUCGGGCUUUGGCAUUUUCAGGUUGGCCGGGUUGAUAUGGCACCCUUGA